GAAGAUUAUUUCGAGGAUUUCCGGGUGUUCAUAAUUCCGAAAAUCGUAAUCAUCAGUAGAAAAAAAAUAUCAUGAGAUCGUCGAUUGUGUGGUAUUUGGGGGUGGGUCUGGUGGUCCUCGUGGAGACGACCUGGGGCCAGUUCCAGUGCCCCGAGCCCAAGGGAUUCUUCGGGGAUCCGGAACAGUGCGAUCUUUACUAUAUUUGCACCAAUGGAAAACCCGAGGAGAAACUCUGCAAGGAUGGCCUCGUCUUCAGGGAUGACAAUCCCAAGAAGGAACUCUGUGAUAUACCCGCUAAUGUGCCUUGUGGGGACCGCACGCUGUUGCAGGAGCCCCAGCCGUCGAAAGGAUGUCCACGUGCGAACGGCUACUUCAAGCACGAAGAUCCCCUCAUGUGCGAUCGCUUCGUCAACUGCAUAGACGGAGUUGCAACUGUGAUGUCCUGUCCACCAGGUCUGCUUUAUGAGGACAAGAUGGGCGCCUGCGUCUGGGCGGUGGACUCCACCACCCCCUGUCACUCGAAACGCGACGUGCUCGACGACGGGUUCUCCUGUCCUGAGGAGAACGUCGCGGGCCCCGGUGGGAGGAUUCUGCCGCACCCCACGUACCCCCAUCCCGAGGACUGCGCGAAAUUUUAUAUUUGCAGGAAUGGAGUGCAGCCGCAGAAGGGACAGUGCGAGGAAGGGACUGUCUACGAUGAGGAGACCUUCAGAUGUACUGAUCCUGAGAACAUUCCUGGAUGUGAAAACUAUUACAAGGAAAAGAACUGAGGUGCCAGUUACAAACCCCCAACUCUCCCAUUACUUUUUACAACAAUUAUCUGUAAG